AUGAAUGGCGAUUCUCGUGACGAUGCCGACUACGAUGCCGGCGAAGCGUCUGGGAAUUUGGCUACUCGACUUCAUGAUUGUCCUAUCUCCAAUUCUCCAUUUGCUGGACGUCCUUCUGGCCCUUAUUCUCAUUUAACUUCUAACUGGUCGACAGCUCUACCUUCUCCUGAUUCUGAUGAAGCCGCUCUCUUUUAUCUCCUAGAUCUGGCUACCUUUUUUGAUAUGGCAAGGGCUGGCCGUUGGCAGGCGGCUAUUCAGCACAUGGACCAGCUUGGUCUUCUGCCAAGCACUACUAUUGAGUCCACAUCAAGCUCACCUGGACUUGGUGUCGAUCAAUGUGUAGCCCUAUUUUCCCGGCUCUCGGACUGUGUGCGACGGCCACUGGCAGCUACAGCUAUUCUGUGUUUGAUGCGCUGUCUUGUUGCUUCAGCUAAUUCCCUUAUUCUCGGACCUGGACUUGGUCAUGAUUCUUCAGAGAUAUUGUAG